GGAGGCAAGGAGGCCACUCUUCUCCUCACCAGCCAACUCUCCCUCCAAGUGGCAACUGCCUGCGAACUCACUGGCACCCACUGAAUCUGGGGUGUGCCCACAUCUAGCUGGCUGCCCAUUGGGUCACAGAGGAUCUGGCAAGGAUGAAGAAACAGCGUAGCUCAGACUUGGGGGAGCCUGAGCACCUACCCCAACAAGACUCCUGCCCAGAGCCUCCAGAUGGAGAUCCUGACUCCAAGCCACCUCCAGCCAAGUCCUACUUCUCCACGGCCAAGAGCCGUGCCCGGCUCUUUGGGAAGGGUGACUCAGAGGAGGUGUCCUCUAUGGAUGGCUCUUAUGAGGAAGGAGAGAUGGCUUCCUGCCCAACCAUCACAGUCAGCCCAAUUGUCAUUGUUCAGAGGCCUGGGGAUGGCCCCACCUGUGCCAGGCAGCUGUCCCAGGACUCUGUCACCACUGGCACCGAGAAGACCCUCAAGCUCUAUGAUCGCAGGAGGAUCUUUGAAGCUGUCGCUCAGAAUAACUGCCAGGAGCUGGAGAGCCUGCUCCUCUUCCUGCGGAAGAGCAAGAAGCACCUCACUGACUGCGAGUUCAAAGACCCCGAGACAGGGAAGACCUGUCUGCUGAAAGCCAUGCUCAACCUGCACGACGGGCAGAACGACACCAUUCCUCUGCUCCUGGAGAUUGCCCGGCAGACGGACAGCCUGAAGGAGUUUGUCAACGCCAGCUACACAGACAGCUAUUACAAGGGACAAACGGCGCUGCACAUUGCCAUUGAGAGGCGGAACAUGGCACUGGUGACCCUUCUGGUGGAGAAUGGAGCAGAUGUCCAGGCUGCGGCCAAUGGGGAUUUCUUUAAGAAGACCAAAGAGCGGCCUGGCUUCUACUUUGGUGAACUGCCCCUCUCCCUGGCUGCCUGCACCAACCAGCUGGCCAUCGUGAAGUUCCUGCUGCAGAACUCCUGGCAGCCAGCCGACAUCAGCGCCAGGGACUCAGUGGGCAACACGGUAUUGCACGCGCUGGUGGAGGUGGCAGACAACACGGCUGACAACACCAAGUUUGUGACAACCAUGUACAAUGAGAUUCUGAUCCUGGGGGCCAAACUCCACCCUACGCUGAAGCUGGAGGAGCUCACCAACAAGAAGGGGAUGACACCAUUGGCCCUGGCCGCUGGGACGGGGAAGAUCGGGGUCUUGGCCUACAUUCUCCAGAGGGAGAUCCAGGAGCCUGAGUGCAGGCACCUGUCCAGGAAGUUCACCGAGUGGGCCUAUGGGCCCGUGCACUCCUCACUCUACGACCUGUCUUGCAUCGACACCUGUGAGAAGAACUCAGUCCUGGAGGUGAUCGCCUACAGCAGCAGUGAGACCCCCAAUCGCCAUGACAUGCUCUUGGUGGAGCCACUGAACCGACUCCUGCAGGACAAGUGGGACAGAUUCGUCAAGCGCAUCUUCUACUUCAACUUCUUUGCCUACUGCUUGUACAUGGUCAUCUUCACCACGGCCGCGUACUACAGGCCUGUGGACGGCUUGCCUCCAUUUAAGAUGAAAAACACUAUUGGAGACUAUUUCCGAGUCACUGGAGAGAUUCUGUCUGUGGCAGGGGGAGUCUACUUUUUCUUCCGAGGGAUUCAAUAUUUCCUGCAGAGACGGCCAUCCAUGAAGGCCUUAUUUGUGGACAGCUACAGUGAGAUGCUUUUCUUUAUACAGUCGUUGUUCAUGCUGGCCACCGUAGUGCUGUACUUCAGCCACCGAAAGGAGUAUGUGGCUUCCAUGGUGUUCUCCCUGGCCAUGGGCUGGACCAACAUGCUCUACUACACACGUGGCUUCCAGCAGAUGGGCAUCUAUGCUGUCAUGAUCGAGAAGAUGAUCCUGAGAGACCUGUGUCGUUUCAUGUUUGUCUACAUCGUUUUCCUGUUUGGGUUUUCCACAGCGGUGGUGACACUGAUCGAGGAAGGGAAGAACAACUCCACAUCGACUAACUCCACAACGCACAAGUGGCGGGGGCCUGGCUGCAGGCAAGUUGAUAGCUCCUACAACAGCUUGUACUCCACGUGUCUGGAGCUGUUCAAGUUCACCAUCGGCAUGGGUGACCUGGAGUUCACUGAGAACUAUGACUUCAAGGCUGUCUUCAUUAUCCUGUUACUGGCCUAUGUGAUUCUCACCUACAUCCUCCUGCUCAAUAUGCUCAUUGCCCUCAUGGGUGAGACUGUCAACAAGAUCGCGCAGGAGAGCAAGAACAUCUGGAAGCUGCAGAGAGCCAUCACCAUCCUGGACACAGAGAAGAGUUUCCUUAAGUGCAUGAGGAAGGCCUUCCGCUCAGGCAAGCUGCUGCAGGUGGGGUACACACCUGAUGGCAAGGACGACUACAGGUGGUGUUUCAGAGUGGAUGAGGUGAACUGGACCACCUGGAACACAAACGUGGGCAUCAUUAAUGAAGAUCCGGGCAACUGCGAGGGUGUCAAGCGCACCCUGAGCUUCUCCCUGCGGCCAGGCAGAGCUUCAGGGAGAAACUGGAAGAACUUUGCGCUGGUUCCCCUUUUAAGAGAUGCCAGUACCCGAGAUAGAAACCCUGCUCACCCUGAGGAAGUGCAUCUGAGACAAUUUUCAGGGUCCCUUAAGCCAGAGGAUGCUGAGGUCUUCAAGAAUCCCACAGCUUCUGGGGAGAAGUGAAGGCCUGCACACAGGGCACUCUCAACACUGGGCCCUGGAAGACCUAACUGCUAUGGGGGCAGUUAGGCAGCACCUGUGUUCUAUCAGCUACCAGCCUGCUCUGAGCCUGCCCA